AUGGGUUCAGGAGAGCCAAAGGGUAUUCUAGCAGGCCGUAAGCUCAAAGUCCGCCGUAUCAAGCAAAGAUGGGCAGAUAAAUCUUACAAAAAAUCCCACUUUAACUCAAAAUACAAGAAACCAUUCGCUGGCACUUCUCAUGCUAAAGGAAUUGUGGUUGAGAAACUUGGUAUUGAAUCCAAGCAGCCAAACUCUGCAGUCAGAAAGUGUGUGAGAGUUCUACUUAAGAAGAACGGCAAAAAAAUCGCUGCUUUCGUGCCGAAUGAUGGCUGUCUUAACUUUAUUGAUGAAAAUGACGAAGUACUUGUGGCAGGAUUCGGAAGAAGUGGACAUGCAGUCGGAGAUAUCCCUGGUGUUAGGUUCAAGGUUGUUAAAGUCAAAGGUGUGUCUUUAUUAGCCUUGUACUUACACAAGAAAGAAAAGCCUCGGUAA